GGAAAUUUGACAGUGCGCGAAAGAUUGUUGUUGACGAAUGACCGAUAUUUCACUCUUUACAAACAUCAUUCGUGAAAAUACUAAUGCUUACACGACAUGGACCGCUACAUAUUGGUUAUAUCCUUUUGCCAAACUGACGACGGCGUGGCGGAGGAGUAUACAUGUUUGGAGCCAGUAAAGCAGGUAUAUGACAAACUUGUGGGCAUCUCAACUCAGGAAUCCGAGAGGGGUGUCUCUGUGUUUCCAGCUUGCUCUCUCAGUGGCAGCCCAUCAGUCCAGAGGUGGUACUUUGCUGUUCAGGCUUGCCAAGGAAUUACACAGUUUUGCAGCUCAGACUGGGAGGAGCUGGGGACAGGUCAUCAGAAAACUGACAGUGAAGAGGAGAAGCCCACUGCUGUGGAAUCAUGUCUCAGUUUUUUGAGUAAUCAGGGGGCAACGGACCAAAAGGCUGACCAGCCAGCGCUGACAGAGCUGUUAGAGGAGGCUGCAGAAGGACUGCAUCUACUGUCAGACAAGCUUCCACCUCCAGGUAAAGCCUUGCUGGAUGUGCUGGUGUUGGGCUCUGCAGAGCAUUCCCCUCCUGUUAAAGACCUGCUGCCUCUGCUGGGAGCUCUCAAACAUAUGUCCUGCUGGCAUGCUGCUAAGAUCACUGUAGUCACACAGCACACCACUGGGUGGCAAAAAGCAGCGUCCUACCUGAGUGCCGCUCUGGUGGAGCCUGCUGACAUACACAGCUGUAUGAACCAUAGAGAACUGUGGAGGGGCGGCAUAGUUAUCAGAGAGAAGAAGUAUGUGUCGGAGCUCCGUUUUGAUGGCUUUUCUCUGCGCUCUCCAGAGCAUCACAUAUCUGGGACUAGUCUCUUGCAAGCUCCCUACACCACUACAGACCACAAACUACAAUCUGAGGUCUUUCAUUACUACGCACCAGAUUUAGAUUUGGUUCAGCUGGUUAACCUGUCGAACCUGCCCAGCUUCCUGAUGUCUGCAACCCAGUUUGAAUUAAGCCUGUCUGGGAAGUCAAUGAAAGCUCAGCUUCUGUUGGACCAGCUGCGGUCACUGCGUGGAAAGGUUGGAGCAUUGUUCAGCCUGUCCUGUAUAAUCACCCCCCUCGUUCAGCCUGCAGCCAGCCAACUCAGCUCCCAGCGCUGGAGAGAGUCUAUAGCAAGGAGACCAAAGUCAUUACCCGUGCCUGACGUAGAGUUGAAAGGUGAGAGUGCACACUACCUCCUGCUGGUCCAGGGCUCAGAUGAUGUUGGGUGUGGAGGCUGCCGGGUCAGGAUGUUGCACUCAGGCAGUCAGAUCAAUGGCGCGGCUGCCAUGGCAACCGUCUCGGGGUUGCUGAGAGAGAAGUCUCUGUCAUCAUCGGGAGGAGCUGAAGACAACAUCCUCUGCCCCCUUCCCUGCCUCCAGGGAGCUGACCUGCUAAAGAGAGAAAAGAAGGUGACCCAGGUCCAGACACUGGUACUCAAAGAUUAUCUCAGACAGAAAGAAGAAGCAUCAGCCUCAACCUCGAUAUCCAUCAAUGACUUGAAGGUCAUUCUGAGUCUGGCCAGGGAGCAGUAUCUGAAGAUGAUUGACUCCACUCUGCCCUCUGCUGUCACCUGUGUGAUGGAUGAGCCUGAGAGCAAAGCUGCCAAAAACUCAGAAUUUCAGACCAUUUCCAACCUUCAGUCCGACUGGCCUGAGAGGAGCGUCCUCCACAACAUAGAGAACCUGCAGAAAAAACGACAGAAGAGAAGAUUUGGUUUGUUAGGUCCAAGCUCCGGUGACAGUCUCCUCGGUCCCAAAGACAGUCAGAAAAACUCCUCUGUGUUACUGGACGCCAAAGAACUUCUCAAACACUUCACAUCUGAUGGUCUGCCUACUGGGGAGCUACAACCACUGGCUAUCAAUAGAGGUAAUAAUGUGUUUCAGUUGUCACCAGACCUUUCUCCCAGACGAAUCAUCCAGAUGCCCUUCAACAAAGCCUCAGCCUCUCAUUACCAUGGCAUAGAGUUCUGCCUGGACAACCAGCGCUCCUUAGAUCGAGACCAGGCUUUUGUGAAACUCCAGUCCCGUCUGAUUCGGUAUGAGACCCAAACCACCUGCUCAAAGGAGCCCUGUGCCCUACCCUUUGCUCUCAGCCCCGCCCCCUCCCCUGCUGUGAUAUCAGAACCAGGAAGUGUGCCUGAUGGAGAGACUCUGCAAAACGCUGAUGUUUCGCGACUAAAGCGGAGGUCCUGGGACACGGACAUUAUUGGAGGUUAUCCUCGCAAGAGGCUGGUGAAGUCAGAGAGCAGUGACUCCCUCUGUUCUCAGAGCAGCGGCAGCAGUGGGACACACCCUGCCAUUAGGUCUCUACGGCAACAGCCAAGCAGAUCCAAGUCCUCAGGUUUGGCGACUCUUCCAUCCACUGACAAACCCAAACCUCAGCAGCCAAAGACACAUCAUGAACAGACAGCGGACAAACCUUCCAAAGAGUCACGCUCCCAGAAACACAACAGGAUGCUGCAGGAGGUGGUGGCUAAAACUCUCAAACACCACGGGAUUACUGCCGAGCAUGAGUGCUUUGAGGCCUGCAGCAAAAGACUGUUUGAUAUCUCAAAAUUCUAUCUCAAGGAUCUGAAGACGUCUCGGGGUCUGCAUGACGAGAUGAAGAAGGCAGCCAGUAGCAACGUUAAACAGGUCAUCGACUGGGUGUUGGAGAAGACCUCAAAGAAGUGACUACAGUUGUGAAGAAUCAGUGAGGGGAAAAUAUUUUAUAUGGGAUUUUGUUUUAUAGAUAGAAGGGGGUUAAACCUUAAAAAAUAUGACAUCUUCUGUCACAUUUCAAAGAGUGUUUUGCUUUUGCUUUUGAAGCCUUUCUGAUAAAUGGUUAUAUUAAGCCUGUUUUAAUAACCUUAUUCCUUUAUUUAAUCUUAUCUUUUAUCUUUCUCUAAGUGACAAGUAAUUUGUCAGAUGUAUUGUGUUUUUUGUGUGUGUGUGUGUGUGUGUGUGUGUUUUUGAGUUUCUGUUGUUGCACAUCUAUUCUGAUAUCCUCCCACUGCUCCAGAGUCUUGAAACAGAAAAACGGAAACAUACUGAGACAAAAUCGACGCACUGUGAGAGGCCACGAGGGCUUAGAGAUGUUGGCUUCAGGUUGUAGUUGUGUUUUCUUUGUAGCUUUUCCAAACAUGUUUUUAAAUCCUUUCCCACUUGUUCAUUUUGGUUUCCAAAUACUACAAUAACUGCAUGGCUUUAUCAAUGUACAUAUUUUAUCUUUUUACUGUUUGUGACACAAUAAAGUGUUUUUUCUUAUAUUUUGCAAAGUGUUACUACCUGAUUAUAACCUGAGCCGGUGGGUGGAAGAGUGUUUGAAAUAAAAAAACAAA